AUCGAGUAUACUACUACAAAUAGUUCACGAUAUUUUUUCAAUAUUUUAUACUUCAAUCCUUCCCAUACAAGUCCAUCCGAUUGAUUUUACUCUCACGAUUGGUAUACGACUGAGAAACCAAGCGUGAUGUUCCAUCAUCCCCCAUCACAGAUGUCGAAACUGGAUAAUAUCGAAAAUUGUGUAAAUUCGAAGCUCCUGUGCAGCAGCAGAGACUAUCCCCACAUACCUGUGAUACUGUGACGUCAAACGUACGCUUAUAUACGUUAUACGUGUUAGCGCUGUACACAUAUUUUGUAUUAAUUCUGUGAUAUUAUCGCUCGCUUGGUUUUUUUCCUUUCAGUCUAUUUUAUAUUAAAUGUAACAUGCGGGGGAAAAUAUGAAAAAACGUUAUGAAAUUACGAGCUUCAAACUGCCGCACGUUAGCAAGGACGUUUUUUCCCGUUUUCAAAGCUGUAACUACUUUUGCUAUUUUAACAUCAUGUGGGUGUGUAACUUCACAUGUAACCUUUUUAAGUUGAAACCGCGUGAGUUUAUUGUUUGUAACGAGUUAAUUACCGAUGAUUAAACCAUCGUGUUUAUGUGUCCGUUCAUAUGUCCGUCCUCUGCAGCUCAUGCGGCAUAAUGAAUCUCUCUGACGUCCCCUUCUGGAGUCUCUUGAUACGCCAGUUUGGCGCCGCAGUACGUUAAAGCGAUCAGUUUAUGAAAUGGCUGUUUUCCCUACAUCUCAUGAGCGUAGUGUCACUGAGAGCAGCCCUUGACUCGUCCAGAGAAGAACUCAGGCGUCUAAAAAAAUCUGUUGGUGAUUUUAACGGGGAGAGCUACCUCGAUACGGUGCAACGUCUCGCCCUCGAAAAUCACGUCCUAAGACGCAGAAUACUCGACAAAAGGAACAAAUCACCGAGUGAUACCGAUGCAGUUAGCAUCGCUUCGAAAUCCGAGGUGAAAAAACGGUGCACAAAUCCAGCAGCCGAAGAAUCAGGUAAACCGCAUUCUACGGAAAUAAACGAAACAGUUAAUAUGGAUCCCGUCAAAGAGGACGCGGAGAACGAGAGCGCUUCAGAAUCGGUAAUCCCGACAGCGGGAUGCGACGAGGUCGCCGGGGGGGCGCAGGGUGCAGAAGUCGAAGAGGAAAAGGUUCGGGAUACCUGCAAGGAGACGGAAGUUCUUCCUACGGGAAAUCCGACAGAGCUCGCCGAUCGCGAACAGGAAGAUUCUAGUUUGAAAUCGGUUUCCGAUGGUGAGAAUUCCGUAUUCGGUGAUAAUCCCGAACAAUUUGACAACGGGAAUCCCGAGAUGAACAGCGAUAAUCCGCUGGGAUCGAAACCUUCGGGUGAAUCGGAAAAUGACUCGGAGGAACUCGACGACAUCGAGCUUAUAUUCACUACCGACGACACGAGGGAAGUGAGCCUCCAAGAAGACCUCGUCUCCAUAACCGAAGGAGACACCUGGCCCUCGCUUCGACAUCGGCAAUUCGAUGGGCAGCCGGUACUGCUGAAAUACACGAAGACCGCGGAUCCGGAAGCUCUCCUCAACGGAGACAAAACCAGCUCGUCCGUUGAUGAGGCCGUCUCCUCCCAAAGCUCUAGCAUCGACCGAGAGGAGAGCGUGGACAGAUUCGACGAGGGAUCCGGGGCGCGGCUGAACAAAAUGUGGUCGCAAUGCUCGGUGCUCGUUGAAACGGACAUCAGCAAAUGCGGUGUCCUCGAGGAACCCGAUCCUACCAGGUACGCCGGACGAAGGAACACUCUCGCGGCACCACCCACGGCGUACAGGCCCAUAAUUCACCGGGAGGCGUUGGCGACCGGUAGACGAAAAAGCGCGACUCCUCUUCGCCCGGUGAUGGACCGCAGCGGGGGCGGAAGUCGACGGGAAUCCGGCGCACAGACAGACAUUUCAGCGCUUCCGGCACAGUGGAGAUCGGAGAGCUACUUGGCGCACAAAGUGGCCCACGCUUUCACAACCCUACCGAGCAAAUUCGCCCUUCCUGCCGGCAUCCCCGGCCGACUCAGACUCUCUGACAAAACUAGGGAGGCUCGACGAGUGAUGCUGUCGGACAUCAGCUUCACCAGCAUGGUACCCGAACUGUCGCGCAGCGCCGAUCAUCUCUGUCACGAUCCUCACGCUCAGACUUGCUUGAACGCGCGGGGAUGCGGUCCGAGGACUCCGGAGGUUCACCGUCGCGAGUCUUUGAACUCUCUCGGCGGUUACUGGCCCCGAUGUCACCCGGGAACGAGCCUUCCGAGCCCCUGCGAUUGCCGACUGUCUACCGAUCUCUACUCUUCUCGAUACCGCGGCUCGUUGACCUCCAUCCCAUCGCCCGGGCUCGAAGUUACCGUCGGAUCGUCUCGUAGACAUUCUUGGAGAGCGACCGCCGCCUCUUUCGACACCUGGCGAAUACCUGUCGCUACUUCCACACCCAGACCUACUUGGUCCUCGAUGCCCUCCUCCCCCACACACGUUCAUCCACCUAACGUACCCGGUGUCUCGUCGUCCCGCUAUCCCGCGAAAAACCCACCCAAAAGGACGAGGUCGAAGGUCACCUUCAAAGACUGCCCGGUGACGCGGGGGAGUCUUCCGAAUCUUCGUUCCGACUCAAUUGGUGCUGACAACAGCGGUGACUCGACAGAAUCUCUGAUCGACGAAGCGGAGGACUACCUCAGACGCAGCAUAGAUUCUAUGCUGACCAUUACCGGAUCGGAGUAUUUUAAUGGUCAGGGAAGCACGCGUCGCCGUAGAACACGACGUCAUUCCGAACCCGACCUUUUACGAGAGUGGAAUCCUCCGCAAGAUGCCCGUCCCUAUCUACCCAAGAUUCCUCGGGACCUGAAACUGAAUCACCUCGUCAAGGUGAUAUCGCCGGAGGGUCGGGUUCUCCAAGGAAGGGUACGAUACGUAGGUCCUGUGCCAGGACGAGAAGAGCCCCACGUUGGGGUCGAACUUCCCUCGGACAGCGGCUCCUCGGAUGGAACUUUUCACGGACGCCGUUUCUUCGACUGCGAUCCCGAACGAGCCGUUUUCGUGCCAUUCAAAAAGGUCGUGCUGGCGUGGUGCACCACUUGACACGGGGUACGCUGUCCGGAAUUACCCGGGCCAUCACCCUUACCGUCACCCAUGCCCACGCCAAGAAUCUUGCUGUCUCAGUACACGAUGUGAAAAACGUAUCGAAGGUACGUGAUCUUGACGUAGAUGAGAAAAUAUCAAUUCCCCGGGGUCAUCGACUCGAAGACGAACCGCAGCUACGAAGACGAUGACCAAGAGACGGAGGGAUACUAACGCGGUUUUUAUUAUAUCAUUUGACAGCUGAGGACGAUUAUACGUAAUCUGAGCGUGGGUGGGCGUUGGGUCUGCUUUAUUCCGAAGUUGGACCACGAAUCGGUACAGAUUUGUACAGUGACGGGAGAGGCGAGCCCUAGGGAAAAUUCGGAAGCAGAAAAUGGUGCGUUUCGUCGAUAUACUCGCACGGUGGAUUAACGGUGUCUUACGAUUUAUCGACGAUAUAUAUUUCUCAACAUUUCCGGGUAAUUCCUGUGGGACGAUUAAAAUGACGUGUGAUUUCAACCUACGUUGAAUGCGCGGUAUGCGCUUGGGUAUGCCUAAACGGUACCGCUGAUAAAAUUCCGCCUCCGAGCUCCGCAUCCAUAAUUUAAAAGAUAAAUGGAUACUUGACAUCGCGUUACACAGGGUUAAAUUCUUGCCUGUGUAAAGUACGACGAUCGAUUCACGACAUUACGUUGAAAUUACGAUUAUCGCUGGAGAAAAUUAACGGAAUUCUCAUGCGAUGUUACUAAUGGCUCAGAAUCGGUGGGUCAUUACACGUUGCUGCGGAAAUCUUGAAUCAGUAUUUCGCAAAUGUUAUACUUGCAAUAAAAUAUUUGACCUCCGAAAAAUCUGACAUAUUUUACCUGGAUUGAUCCAAGUAAGAAAUCUGAUCGUGUGCAUGAAUAAACUUACAAUUAAUACGAUGAUGUAUGAACGUUAUAUACCAUAUGAAAAGUUUAUCAGUAUUACGUGCAUAUAAUGUGUGUGUUGAACAAGUUUAUUUCAAAGGUUUUAUAUUUACGUAUAUGUAUAUUCCUUAUGCCUAUUGUACGUAAUAUUUUCUCACACUUCCCUCAAUAUUUUAAACAAUUCUUUUACCUGUGAAACAUUAUGUGUUUAUUGUCCGUUGAUUCGUUAUUUAAUUCUGAAUGGUUUACCGUGAAUCUAAUUAUUCUUAGAGAAGGAGGACUGAAUUUGAAAUAAAUGUUUUUGACAAUGAUGAGCUGUGACGUGAUACACCGAGGAUUUUCUUCUUUUUUUUUUCAGAAACUGAAACGCCACUCACUUACUCGAACAUUUUAUUCGUAUUCGCUGUUACGAGGUAUAAAUUUAUUCUAUCUCUAUUCAUUCUCCUCUUUUGUUCGUUAUUUUCAACGAAGUAUUCUAACUGACUUCAAUGAACGUAUGAUACAUGUGCAAAAUUAUUCACUCACAGCAUAAAUUUUACUGUAUUACAAAACAGAUUAUCUAAUAUAUAUGUAUUAUACAUUCGCUGUAUGAUAUGUGGCUAUUUUAUAGCGAGGAGUUAUAGUGGAUUGAACUCACCGGUAAAAUUUUAACGUCGACUUCCUCGAGCAAAAUCACCAGACAAAAUAUCAUGAAUAUCAAUACUUCACUCACGGGUUCAGUUUCGCUCCUUACUGUAGUUGGUCGGUCAAUGAAGACCGUACCUCUGUUGUACACACUACUGUGUUUAGAGUGCUCGAUCAAAACAAAUAGCUGUGCUCGCAGGUAUACUACGUAUACUACGCAUCAAGUUCGUGCGACGUUGAUGUCAAAUAGAGGGCGAGAAUCGUCGCGAACUCGAUUUUAUUUUUUAAUCGAUUUAUCUCCACUGAACUUUCAAGUUCCGAAAUAAAGAAUCAAUCAACCGAUACAAUUAAUUACCUGCGUAGCACGAUACCGGAAAUUGACCGAUCGGAGUCAUGUAAUAGAAUAAAUUAUGUAUGUAGCUAUGAUAUAAUUACUGGUACACUGUGGAGGCUGUCCGACGAAAAAAUAUUAUCCUUAUUUUUAUUCGUUUCGGUACACGUCUUCCGAGUCUACUUCUACGAUCAAUCGCUUCAUUCUACUCCUUGGGUAGACCAACCCCAUAUCCGCCCGUUGCACAAGCCCGUAAAUUUUUUGUACAUAUUUUUUCGUUCCUUGUACAACUCACUGUCCGGUGUAAUAAAUAAGUACGAUUACCUAAACGUUAUGUAUAUGUAUAUAUGUACAUGCUCUGUGUAUACAUUGUAUAUGAGCACAAAAUUUGUUAAAAAUCAGAGAACCCUUUGAGAAAGAAGAAAAUCAAACAUCUCUGGUUUUGAAGAAAAAAACUAUGUCGUAAUAUAUGUAACCAUCGGUAUACCUUCGUCACGUAGAAAGAUCUAUUAUACCCGGGGCAUCCUAAAUGUCCCGAUAGAUUUAUGCUCGUGAGCGUCGACUAUAUGUUAUUCGCAUAUACCCAAAUAGAAGUCUGUCGCAAAUCUUCCAAGACCGUAGCGGCCAAAAUCGUUAAAAAAAAUAUAUCGGAAAAAGAAAAAAAAAACGAACGGUAGAAAGGCACAUCGAAACUUUGCACGAAUUAAUGGAAUGACCUUUAAUUCAGGAUACAUGGAUCCCCAGAGUAGCCUCAAGCCCUCAUGAAUCGCCCUCCCAUUUUCAUUGAUCUUAAAACAUUAGGCGAGAUCACGAAUUAAUCAAUUAUUCGACGAACCAUCAUCGAAAUCCAUGCAGAGUCAAUAACUCUUAGAUUGAAUCACAUUGAAAAUAACACACCGAACGGAUCGAUAAAUCCGCUAGUCGGCUUUUAAAUACCCGCACAAACGGUAAACUUGUCUAUUGAAAAGUGAAGAGAAAAGAGAGAGAAAAAAAAUUAUACAGCGAUGGAAUUGUUAUACCUACCAUUUACCAUAUGUAUAAAGAUAUGUACCUAUAUCAGAUGGUCGUUAUGUAUUUACAAUAGAUGUAUAUCUAUAGUUAAACUGUGAGUAUAUAAAACUAAAAAUGUUGUAUAUUCUGUGUCAGUUGGAAAAAAAAAAAAAGUAAAGCCAUCAUCGUUAUAUGCCGCUAUAAUAUUAUAGAUUGCAUUGUAAAUUGUAACGCUGAGUACUAUGAUGUUGAAAAUAAACAGCUCUAAAAUUA